AGGGCGGGCCGAGGUCCGGUAAGAUCCCUGGAGUGUAGUCUGCACGGUGUCCCUCUCUCCGCCAUGGCUCCUACAAACGUACAAAAGAGAAUAUUGUCCCUGUUCGAAUUUGUUAACUUGAACACCAAGGAUAAAUUCAGCAGGAUCGUCGAAAGGGGAGAAAAAAAUCUCGGAAUACUCGGACGAGGACAGCUAUUUUCGUGUUUCCACAAGGAACACUUAGAAGAAGCCAGAGUGUUCUACGAGAUGCUGCUCGCCGCUCCGACUUUCGACGACUUUCUGGACCUGUGCCAUCAAGCCCGUGAUUAUCUCAACGAAGGAUUGUUCAUAUAUGGUCUUUCCGUCGCCAUACUUCACCGUGAAGAUUGCAGGGGUAUAACUUUACCCCCAAUCCAGGAGAUCUUCCCCGACAAAUUCAUUAACGUCGAAACUCUGCACGCGGCCUUCAACCAGAUUCAGGAAGCUGGAAAAGUCGAAGUUGGAACAGAGAUCAUUGUCGAUUGGAGGACAUCCGUUAGACACGAUCAACGAGUACAAGAUCCCGAAUUUCGCCUGUUCUACUACAGAGAAGACAUUGGUCUGAAUGCUCAUCAUUGGCAUUGGCACUUGGUGUACCCAGCAACGUGGGAUGCUAAAGUAACUCAUAAAAUAAAGAACAGAAAGGGAGAGCUUUUCUACUACAUGCAUCAACAGAUGUGUGCACGUUACGAUUGCGAGAGAUUGUCCAACGACUUGCCUAAAAUGAUACCUUUCCACAACUUUCACGAAGCUCUGGAUGGAUAUUCUCCACGUUUGACAUCCAUCAUCAACGGUCUUCCCUAUGCCAGUCGUCCGGCUGGUCUCAAAUUGCAAGACAUGAAAGAAGUAUCAGUCCAAGAUUUGGAAAGAUGGAGAGAUCGUAUAUUAGCGGGAAUCCAUCGAGGAUAUGUUACAGCCGACGAAGGCAGAGAAAUUGCACUAACGGAAACCUUUGGCAUCGACAUACUCGGAUCGUUAAUAGAAGCUAGUGUGGAUUCUGUCAACAAAGAAUUCUAUGGCAGUUUGCACAACUGGGGCCACGUUAUGAUGGCUGCCAUUCAAGAUCCUACGGGAAAAUACAUCACCAAUCCAGGUGUUAUGAGCGAUACCGCCACUUCACUUCGAGAUCCAAUCUUCUAUCGCUGGCACAGAUUCAUCGAUAAUAUUUUCCAAGAAUACAAAAACAAAUUACCUCCCUACAACAAGUAUCAGCUCGGAUUUACCGGUAUGGAAGUCAGAAACGUCACACUGGCAACCAAACACACCGACCCUCACAAAGUGCACACCACCUUCGUCUCUGGUCUCUUGGAUAUAACAAACUCUCUACCUUUAGGAACUAACGCUGUGGUUAAGAUCAGGUGGCCACAUCUGACUCACGAGGAAUUCUCUUACAAAAUCCACGUGGUGAAUCAAUCAGCAAGAGUGAGACCAUCGACCGUGCGUAUCUUUUUAGCACCCGUGUACGAUGAACUCGGAAACGAGAUAACUAUUAACAAUCUGCGAUCCCUGAUGAUCGAGCUGGAUAAAUUCAAUUACGAUGUUCAACCGGGAUCUAACUUAAUUGUACGCAAAGCUGAAGAUUCGAGUGUAACAUUGUCUAACGAGUCAACCUUCAGCGAACUUCUGAAAGGAAAAGGACAUUCAAGUGCUAGUGAAUACUGCAGUUGCGGAUGGCCUCAACACUUACUACUUCCUAAGGGCAACUCUAGAGGAAUGGAUUUCCAUCUCUUCGUUAUGCUAACAGACUGGCUGGACGAUGCGAUCGGAGAAACAGGCCAAACUGGAUUAUGCGUGGAUGCAGUGAGCUACUGUGGUGCUAAAGAUCAAUUAUAUCCUGACAGACGAGCUAUGGGUUUCCCAUUCGAUCGUCGCAUCGAAGCCAAUUCUUUCUCAGAAUGGCUCCUACCCAACAUGUCCGACACUAUUGUUACCAUUGUGCACGACGACAAUUAAAAAAAUAAAAACAAUUAUUUGAGAACCUUAAAAAUCACCGGAGAAUAGCACUCGAUAAAAACUACAUUAUAUAAAAUGAAAACACUAAAUUGUAACUUUUCGAAAUAAUAAAAAUAAAUUUGAAAAUUUA